AUGGUCCGCGCGACGGCCUGCGCGCAGAGGAACGUGCCCGUGGCGUUGACGUCGAGGGUGCGGCGGAAGUCGGCGGCCCCGCGCGUCGAGGGACGGCACGCACGCGACGACGCCGGCCGUGCAGACGAGGGCGUCGAUGCCGCCGUCGGGCUGGGCGGCGGAGAAGGCGGCCGUCGCGGCGCCGACGGCGUCUUCGGACGUCACGUCCACUUCGGCCAGGGUGAUGGCGGCGUGCGGAUGGGCUUGGCGCAGGGACUGCAGGGCGGCGGUCGAGGCUGCGGAGGUCGUGUUGACGUCCCAGAGACAGAGGGCGGCGCAGCCGUGCUGGAGGAGGGCGUGGGCGAUGGCUGUGGCGAGGGCGCCGGUGCCGCCGGUGAUGAUGGCGGCGCGGGGGCUCGCGAAGCGCGUGGCGGCCGUGUCGGCAGGGGUGAGCUCGGCGUCGGUUCCCGGGGUUGGUGUUUGGCUUGGUGA